AUGUCGCUGGAAGAGAGCAUCGAACGAUUCUGGAAGACAGAUUCAUUAGUGAUGAAGGAUGGCUACUCGCCUGAGGAACGAAGAUGCGAGCAGAUAUUCCGUGAUACAACGGCGAGAAAUGAGACUGGGCGUUAUAUCGUACGCUUACCCCGUCAUCCCGAUUUCGGCAUCAGACUGGGUGCUUCCAAGGUAAGCGCAGUACGAAGAUAUGAUCUGUUGGAGAGGAGAUUCGCUAAAAAUGCAAAGUUGAAGGAAGAGUACCAUGCGUUUAUGAAGGAGUAUCUUGAACUCGGGCACAUGAGUUUAGUUCGGGAUGGAGAUGCAGUACCUGCUGAGUCGUAUUAUUUGCCACAUCAUCCUGUGUUCAAGGAGUCUAGCACCACAACGAAAAUCAGGGUCGUGUUCGACGGUUCUUCUAAAACCACCAGCGGGUACUCGUUGAAUGAUGCUUUGUGCGUGGGACCAGUGGUGCAGGACGACUUGCUAGAUCAGCUUUUGCGGUUCCGCACGUAUAAGGUGGCAUUAGUUGGCGAUAUAGCAAAAAUGUACCGCCAAAUACUUCUUCAUCCUGACGAUCGACCGUUGGUGCGAAUCUUGUUUCGCUUCGAGCCGCAGCAGCCGGUGCAGACCUACCAGCUGAAUACUGUUACGUAUGGUCUCGCACCUUCAUCCUUUCUCGCUACGCGCGCUCUUAUUCAGCUGGCUGAUGAUGAGGUUGAGGAAGCCACCUGCCUACGAACUGAAUUGGCUGAGCUACUACAAAAGGGCGGAUUUGAGCUGCGGAAAUGGACGUCGAACUGUGUUGAUGUGCUGCAUGGGCUGGAUGAGGCACAGGUUGGAACCACAACCAAAAUGAGCUUCGAUUCUCACGAAGCCGUGAAGACACUUGGCAUCAGUUGGGUUCCACAAGGUGAUUGGCUGGUGUUUGAAGGUGUGUGCCAGCCAGACGACGAUGUGAUCACCAAGCGAUCUGUGUUAUCUGCCAUCGCAAAAAUGUACGAUCCUUUGGGGAUGAUAGCGCCGAUAAUCAUCCGUGCUAAGAUGAUUAUGCAGGAGAUAUGGGUGUCGUCACGUGAUUGGGAUGAAUCGUUGCCAGAAGACAUCGUAUGCAAGUGGAAGCAAUUUCAGAAGGAGAUACGAUCUCUAUCACAAUAUCGAAUGGACAGAUUCAUACUGCUUCCUGAGGCGCGAAACAUCGAGCUGCACACUUUUGCUGAUGCAUCUUCUGCAGCCUAUGGUGCUUGCACAUAUGUGCGGUGUGAAGACGCUGGGCGAGUUCGAGUCAUGCUUUUAGCGUCUAAGAGUAAAGUUGCUCCGUUGAAAAAUCUGACUAUUGCUCGGUUGGAGCUGUGCGCCUGCGUUCUAGCCGCGCACUUGCAUCACCGCAUAAAAGGUGCCAUUGAUGUGGCCGUAAAUGCAUCAUAUUUUUGGACCGACUCAGCUAUCUGCAUGCAUUGGAUCAAGGCGCCACCGAGCACAUGGAAAACGUUUGUGGCAAACCGUGUAGCGGAAAUCCAGCAUUUCACUAGUGGUGCCAAGUGGAGGCACGUAGCUGGAGUCGAAAACCCUGCUGAUUUGGUAUCGCGUGGGAUGGAGGUGUCCGAGUUCAACAACAGUCGAGCGUGGAGGCAUGGACCAGCUUGGCUUGAGCAUUCGCAGGAUGCUUGGCCCAUGCCCAAUCCACAAAGCAUUCCUGAAGUGGCAGAGCAAGAGAGGAAGGAGUUAAUUUCGGCAGUUACCGUAUGCCACAACGAAUUGUUUCUGUAUUGGUCAUCUUAUACUCGCCUGGUGAACGUUGUCAGCUAUUGCAUGCGAUUCAUUGCCAUGCUCCCUCAUCUAAGGCAAUAA